AUGUCUUCUGACAGCCUGUGCUUCUCUGGUAUCUCCCCCAUAGUACCCUAUCCCUUCCCUUUCUCUCUCCCUACCUAUCGCGACACCAGCACAGAGGAUCUUGUCGCCGGGGCUGUUGCUACACCCUCUUACGAGGAGGAAGCCGAGGACGGACUUUUCAUCGAUGGUGUGGAAGUGAGCCAGGACGCGUUCUUCGACUACCACUUUGGCAUCCAGCCCGCUCCCGAGGCCGGUGCCACUGUCGAGACUGCGGGAUCCCCCACUUGCGAUCCUUCAAUCGCCACCGUCUCUGCUCCCGCCACCUCUCGAAUUACUUCUACCACCACCUUCCAGACCCCAACCAAAAACUUUUCCACCAGUUCUGCUCCUAGCACAAAUGAGCUCUCUGCCCAGACCGUUGUCACUCCCUCUCACGAGGAGGAAGCCGACGCGGAGCUUUUCAUCAAUGGUGUGAAAGUGAGCCAGGACGCGGAGCUUUUCAACAAUGGUGUGAAAGUGAGCCGGGAGGCGUUCUUCAACUACCAGUUUGGUAUCCAGCCCGCUCCCGAGAAGGCCGGCACCAUCGACGAUACUGCGGGAUCUCUCACUCGCGAGCCCUCUAUCGUCCCAAUCUCUCCUCCUACCACACCUAAAUUUGCUUCUACUGUCAUCUCCAAGACCCCCAUCACUCCCACUCAAAAGUCUGCUGGCAAAAAGCGCUCUCCCAACCGCUCCAACAAGAGCCCUGCCAAGGCGCCGACCCCUGCCCACCUGAAGCGGGCCGGCAUCAAGCGCACCAAGAAGCACACCCGCUCCAGUAUGGCCUGCGAGUGCUGUCGAAUUGCCCGGAGAAGUUGCAAUGUGGACGACAUCUACCGCUGCGGAAGGUGCGCUAGCCGAGGCCUCAAGUGCUGUUUCUGGCUAGAGGGUAGAGGCGAAGGGAAAAUGAGACCCAGGGCUAUCGAGCUCGGUCUGGAGAUCUUCUUGGAGGAUGGUAAAGAGAUGGUCAUUGCGCCACCCAUGAACAACAUUACUGGUCCUGCUCCCCGUUUCGAGUCUCAGCCUGCUGCCGCUCCUUCUUUCAACUAUGGCUCCAACGGCCUUGCCGGCAUGCCAGAGUUCCAAGCUCAGCCUGAUGAAGCCGAGAUCGAUUGGUCCUUUGUCUCCUACGUGGCCUCCGACCCCGCCACGGCGAGCAAUGUCCACGUCUCCCUGCCAGCCCCUACCACUCCCAGCCCGCCCCCCGCCACUUUUGGCCCAACUCUCGGUCUUGAGAUGGAUGUUGCCGAGAAAGGUCAUUGGGACUUCCUUGUCGACUUUCCUGCCGUGGCCCUCUUCACUGGCCCGGCUAUGACCAACAACUUUCUGGGCCUGGAGGGAAUGAUGGAUGUGGGGAGCUCCUGUGAGGCUGGGGGCCAGCCGUUCUACUGGGAUGAGGUGGAGGCGAUGGCGUAG